GCCAUGCGUUUUACAGUCGGGAAGUGGAGCUACUUCCUUCUUCCUACCUCACUGCUGCGCGCUACAGAGGACCGCCUGACUGUCGUGGCAAUGGGGAAGCCUGACAGGGACUGUUUCCACUGCUGACUUGACGCAGCGCCAGCGGGACCGACCUGCGGGAUCCUCUCCGUUCUCGUGCGUAAAGGUGUUUGGAGUGAGGCUUGUUUUUCCUGUGCGCCAUGUCUGCGGCGCAGCGCGACGCUCGGCUUUAGGGCGGAUGAUCGAGAACUUUUCGACUCUUGAAGGAGCAGCUGUGAGGACACCAUGAAGAAGCAGUUCAACCGUGUCAGGCAGCUCGCCAACCAGACUGUUGGCAGAGCUGAGAAAACAGAGGUCCUGAGUGAUGAUCUCCUUCAGAUUGAGAAGCGGAUGGAGGUGGUCCGCCUGGCAUCACACUCCGUGCACAAGAGGCUGGUGUCCUGCAUGCAGGGUGGGGUGGGCACAGACGUUGAGAAGAGACAAAAAAAGCUGCCUAUGAUGGCGUUGUCUCAGGCCAUGCAGGAUGGAGGCUCUUCACUGGGAGAAGAUGGGCUGAUUGGCAAGAUGAUGGAAAUAUGUGGAGAAAUAGAAAAACAGUUGGCAGUAGAACAGGCGCAGCACGAAAUGCAGAUUGAAAGAGACGUUCUGGAUCCUCUUAAUCAACUGGCAGAGGAUGAGAUUCCUAAUAUACUCAAGCAGAGGAAGCAACUUGCUAAACUGGUUCUUGAUUACGACUCAGCAAAGACGAGAUACAAGGCAGCAAAGUCCAACAACAGUCAGGCCAUGGGAGGAAAACUUGAUCCACUCAAAGACGAGAUGGAUGAGGCUCUUAAUAAAGUGGAGAUAUGCAAGGACCAGCUCUCUGCCGACCUGUACAACUUUGCCUCUAAAGAGGGAGACUAUGCACGCUAUUUUGUAAUGCUGUUAGAGGCCCAGGCGGAUUAUCACAGGAGGUCUCUGGCAGCUCUGGAGGAAGCUAUGCCAAACAUCCAAAAAAACCAAGACACCUUGACAGAAAAGCCAGCAUUCGGCACAGCUUUGGAAGAGCACCUGAAACGAACCAACCGGGACAUCGCUCUGCCCAUAGAGGCCUGCGUCAUGAUGCUGCUGGAAACCGGCAUGAGAGAGGAGGGCCUCUUCAGGAUCGCGGCGGGAGCUUCAAAGCUGAAGAAACUGAAAGCGGCUCUGGACUGCUCCACCUCCCAGCUCGAGGAGUUUUACUGUGAUCCCCACGCUGUCGCUGGAGCCCUCAAGUCCUACCUAAGGGAGCUUCCUGAACCUCUCAUGACCUUCAGCUUGUAUGAGGAGUGGGUACAAGCGUCAAAUUUUACUGAUAGUGACAAGAGGCUUCAGUCGCUGUGGACGACAUGUAGCCGAAUGCCAGAGACCCACAAAGCCAACUUCAGAUACCUGGUGAAGUUUCUAGCAAGGCUGGCUCAGGACAGUGACGUGAAUAAAAUGACUCCCAGCAACAUCGCCAUAGUCCUGGGGCCCAAUUUGCUCUGGUCAAAGACAGAAGGGACGCUGGCAGAGAUGGCGGCCGCUACGUCUGUCCACGUGGUGUCAAUCAUUGAGCCCAUCAUCCAACAUGCAGAUUGGUUCUUUCCUGAGGAGGUGAACUUCAAUGUUACUGGGAUGUUCAACAAGUCCUCUCACCCAGCCACUCCAGACCCUGAACCCAACCUGGACAGGAAGCGGCCGGGCAGCACGGGGCAGGACGGGGACAGUCACGCCCCGCGUAAAGACAGCCCUGCUCUUAAACACCCGGAGCCCGCUCCACGCAGAGCCAACACUGUAAAUAAGAAGCAGUCACCCCUAACCUCACCCAUCCUCCAACACCCACCAGUCCUUCUGGAAGAGGGGGCUCCUCCCCAGCUCGAGCCACAGACUCAGGCGGCCGCCCCAGAGGUGGAGCAGCCUGGUCUGAGCGGCGGUGGUUCUGGGGGAGGGGCUCUAGGGGGUGGGGUCCAGGUAGCCACAGUUCAUCCUCAGGUUGUUACCCAGCUCAGCGCAGAAGAGAGCAGCCAAACUCGAGAGUUUAUGUCAACCCCACCGAUGCAGAGAAAUGGUUCAGCCCAACUUGUAGUAGGGAUGGGUGGGUCAAAGGGACCCAGUCCUCACAUGGUCCGCAGAGGUACCAAAAAGCAAGCCCCAGCCCCUCCCAAACAGACGAGCCUCACAGCCUCGCAGUCCCCUAGCGCCCAGAUUCCCAGCUCUCCACACCCCACCACUCCUCGCCGCAACCUCAGCAAGGACGCCAUCCAAGCCCCGAGCCAUCCACCGCCACAACCCCCUCCAGCCCACCACCCUCAGGAUGAUCCAGAGCCCUCUCCGCCGUCUUCUCCAAUGCCUCCCGACACUCCGACUCAUGACGGGUCGCUCCCUUCGUACCCCUCUGGGUCCCUGCCUCGGCCCUCUCGGCCAGCUCCGAAGCCUCGGGUGCGACCCAGCAUGCCCCCGCCACCGCAGCCCCCCGCGAAUGAGACUGGUAAUGGCGUCUGUGGCUCUGCCUCCAAGAUCAUAACAGACGGAGGUCUGGUGCUGAAGGCGACUGGAAGAACUCUCAUCCCCCAGGUGCUCGUGGAAAAAAAGGACUCUGCUGGUCAAGAGUCUGCAUCUCCCAUAGCUCCAAAUCCAGAGCCUUCCAUACUAGCAGAAAGCACUCCUCUGUGAUGACGCACCCAGCUGGUCCAGAUCGGAACGACACCAAAGGGAACCGUUUUCUCCUGGUUUAGAACCACAAACAUGAUACCAAAAAUACUGCCCUCUACACUGACUUCCACCAAAAGCUCUUUUAAAACUCCAUGUAUUAUUGACUUUUAUGAGAUUAAACUUCAUCAACAAGCAUGGCUAAAGAAACCAUGAAAACCUCAACAACAAAGCAGCUGGAAAAACUUUACAGCCUAGACUUUUUUUUUCUUUUUCUUUUCUAAGUUUAAUCAAAAUGUUUUAUUUUUGCAUUCUAAAAUCUGUUUCAGGUAUGUUUUUAGACCCCUUUUGAAAUUGUUAUUUUUUUCUGCAGCAGAAAUUUGUAAAGUUGGACAUUUUUUGGCAGAAAAAAAGUAUUUAUCUGAAAAUGAUUCAGGUUUACUUUAGGAGUUUUCACUUCUUCAGCUGCUGAGAUGUGCGAGUACGAGCCAAAGGAAGAAAAGUUCAAUUUCUGAGAGGCUCAGCACAUUUUGGGUUGCUAUUGAUCAACUAUUUUUGGCAAUUUAAGUGCAAUAUUAAAAUGCUGUUGUCUUUCAUUGCUGACCAUUGGUGCUGUGGAUGGCCGCGUGCAUCACCAUGUCCAGCAAUUAUAUACUAUCAUGGCUAGUAAUUAGGAAGGGGUGGGAUUGUGUUUUUAUGUGAUUUAAGUGAUUUUAUGUGAUUUUCUCUAUUGUUGAUUUAUAAUUAUGUUUUUUUUUUUCCUUUUUUUUGUAGAUGGGGCUAUUUUUCUUACAAAUUUGAUUGCUUUUGUAAAGGAUCACAUUCACUUGAAGUUACAGCUUUGACCAAAAGAAAAAAAUAAAUAUUUGUGGAUA